GCUUGCUGGGUUUUCUAAGGUGUCGUUCAGUUUGCAAUCGGGAACGGAGGAGAAUGUCGAACCCAAUUCUGGUAACACAGCUAUCCCAAGAUGCUCCUUUGCCGACUUGGCUGGAUCAGCAGGAUCUGGAAAGUUUGCUGAGACAAGAGAUUCCCGAGUUUAGAAAAAUUGAGAGCGUUCGUUGCAAAUGGGAGGUUCAACUGGCCCAGCCUUCACUCUGCGCUCAUCUUCAAGUAAGUUUGGCAGGAAACAAGAAACGCCAAGUGAGUUACCUAAUCAAGUCGCCAGAAUCGGUGUCAAUUGGUUUAAAAGUACCCAUAAAAGGAGAUUUUUCGGUGGAGCAAUACAUGCAUGAGACCGUACUACCUGCACUAGAAGAGUUGUAUGCAAAUGCGGAGAAGAUCAUUCACUUUAGCUCGCCCAUCAUCAAGUCAAAACAAAAAUCCAUCUAUUUGGAUUACAUUUUGAAUAAAGGUUAUUCUGUGGCGAAUAGCCUCAAAGGUUUGUCUGUAACCGCCACCCAAGGAAUACUUUCGAAACUGGCUGCCUAUCACGCCGGCACAGCUUGCUAUAUAGAGAAGAAUUCCGGAAAGAUUAGAGAGCUUCCAAAGCUCGGUGAGCACUUAAAACUGGGUGAAGAGGCUGCCAAGCUCAAGAGCUUAUACCAAAUGCGAUUUCACGAGAGUCUUCGAGCAAACGACGUAAGAGAGUACGAAGAUAAGGUGAAAUCAUUCCAAAAGUAUGUGAAAUCAAAUAGCAAGGUUCUGGAUUCUAAAGCUUCUUUUAAUGUUAUUCUAAACGGAUCCUGCUGGCCAAAUAAUUUCCUCAUCCAAGUCGACGCCUUCGGAAAUGUAAAGGAUGCACUCUUUAGCGACUUUCACACCGCCACAUACGGUCCAGCUGCGUACGAUCUUUUCAGCUUACUCCUUACGGCUCCAGCUGAAAAAUCUAGCCGAUUCGAUAGCUACGUGAAGUACUACCACGACCAGUUGAUCGAAAAUCUAAUCCUUUUGAAAUUCCAAGGAAGUAAGCCCAGCCUUACGGAUCUUCAAUUGGAUUUCUUGAAAUACGGUCAUUGGGCUUUCGAGUUUGCCACGGAAAUCCUGCCAAUCAUGCUCUCGGAUUUUGGAAGCAACGACAUUGAUGAGCUCUUCAAGAAUCCCAUUUUUGGAGUGCAAAUUAGAGAGCUACUGCCCUGGCUGGAGAAUCGGGGAUACUUUGAAGAAGACUAAUUACAAAGAAAGAUAAACGAUGGUUGUAGCGAUAAUACUAAACAGUAUCAAAAAACUAAUAAAUGAAAGCAAACGUCUAAAUAUAAAGCUUUUGGA